GUCUAUGUAUCUGCUUUAUUUCUCACUUUCCACAGAUAAUGCUGCAAGACAGUGGUGUAUUCGAGAUGCUCACCCUGGCGCAGGAACUUGGCGUAGAGGAGCUUCGAGCUACGUGUGAGGAUCAUGUGACCUCAACCCUCUCAGUGCUCAAUGCUUGUACUUUUCUAGCAGCUGCCAUGGAGAUUCAAGACAGGCCUGCAGGAGGCAAGGGAGCUAAGACCUUUGUGGACCGUUGCGUCUCUUACAUUGGAGAGAAUGCCCUGGAGUGUAUCAAGACAAAUGCUUUCCUCAACUUGCCCAAAGAUGCUUUGGUUAAACUCAUCUCUUCUGAUUGCCUGGCACUGGAGGAGGAGGAUGUGUGGCGUGGUGUGCUGGCAUGGGCCAAAUAUGCGGCUGGAGUUACGCAGCCGACAACCCAUUGGGCAGAAGAAGAACGGGCCAGGGUAUGCCAACAUUUGUCCGGGGUCAUCAACCAUGUGCGACUUCUGCUGAUAGAUAGCCAAGUGUUUGCUGAAGAGGUAGAACCGACAGGAGCAGUGCCGAUGGAAUUAUCUCUGGAACGCUAUCGCUACGCUGCACUUCCCAACAAGUUCCGUGAGAGAUCGGAGGACAAGCGUCUCCAACCAAGAGUAUCUCUCAAACUGUUCCCUGGCUCACAGAUACUUAUACAGGAGAAGACAUCUUACCAGCGCCUCCUGAAUCAGUGGUACGGCAGCAGCAAACAAGUCUGGCGGCUGGUCUACCGAGCGUCCAGCCACGGCUACUCGGCUGAGGCUUUCCACCGUCAGUGUGAUGGUGUGGCCCCCACUUACGUCAUUGUCACGGGAGCAAGAGGAGAGGUUUGUGGAGGGUUCAGUGACAUGCCCUGGGGCAAGACCAACACCAAGGGUCAUUACAUUCCCUCGGACCGAGCCUUCCUCUUCACCCUCACCAACAACCAGGAUCUCCCGCCCACCAAGUACAACAUCAUCAAGAAGCCCUUUGCAAUCUGCUACCACCCAGACUGUGGCCCAAUAUUUGGUGCUGGAGCUGAUCUGCUAAUAGCCAGCAACUGUAACACCAACAUGGACUCCUACUCUAACCUCCCCCACUCCUACGAUGGGGAGAACGCCUCCAGCUCUGUCCUCAUGGGCGACUACAACUUCAGCGUCCUUGACUAUGAGAUCUUCACACCGGUUGGGAAGUAGUUCUUUCUCCAACAGUUCUAAACUUUAAAGAGUUGAAAGGUUUUGUUAACACAGAUAUUGAUCAAUCUCAGCCUUCGGUGUCAAACUGUGCCAGUGAGAACCAGAUGCUGACAGUUCGUCCAGUUUUGAGGAUUCUCAGGAUAAUAUUCAGCCAUAAAGUUUAGAAAUGAUUUGGAUUUGAAACUAAAUUUCUCUUCAGAAAAAGUAGAAAAGAGCUUCUUCUGAGAGGUGAGUUCUUUUUCUCAAAAAGACUUCUUUCUUUUGGAGAAUGAGUCUUUCUUGCUAUGAGAAAUGUUCCCUCUAUUUGGAAAAAAACGUCUUCUUCUUGUAGAAGAAUUCAACUACAUGGAAAAUAGUUCAAAUAG